UUGGUUGAGGGCGCGGAAGCCUACAAGCAGGAGCGCAUCGCGAUCGCGCAAGGUCAGUCACAGCGAUUCCUGUCGAUCCUGUUUGAAUACGAACAGGCCCCACAGGUCACCCGCCAGCGAAUGUUCCUCGAGGCGAUGGAAGAGAUACUUCCGGAUAUACGGAAGUACAUCAUCGACGACGACACCGGCGGUGGUCUGAUUGAACUGAUCGACCUUUCAGGCGAGAGCGAACUCCCGACUACACUUGGCAGGAAUUAA